AUGUUACAGAUAAAGUUGUUCAAACUUCAUGCGGUGGCCUAUAAGGUUCUCAAUCAUAUCGAUGACACUCCACCGCCCCCAAAACCUGCUGAUAACUACGGUGAUUGGAAGGAGAUCGAUGCACUAGUUCUGCAAUGGAUAUAUAGCACCAUCUCAGAUGACUUACUGGUGCGUAUUCUGGAUACCGAUUCUACUGCACGUGCUGCUUGGGUUAAGAUUGAGAAAAUUUAUCUCAGCAACAAGAAAGCUCGAGCUGCUGCACUUGAAACAAAAUUCUGCAAUCUUACCCUUGCCGCUUCUUCAUCCCUAGACGAUUACUGUCAACAUCUGAAGGAACUUGCUAAUCAACUGAGUGAUCUGGAUCACCCGGUUACCGAGUCUCGACUCGUAUUACAACUUGUUCAUGGGUUACCAGCGGAGUAG